ACAGACACAAGAAAAAAGAGAGAGAGAAAAAAAAAAAAAGAAGGCACUCUAAGACUCGACAGAACCGGGGAAGAGGAAAAUCCCGACAUCGCCUCUAAUCAGUUCAUUUGCUCGAAGCAAAAUCGUUUCCUUCGAUUUGAGCUGCUGUCUUAUUUAUUAAAGUCAGUUUCUUCUGUCUUCUGGAGCUGUUUGUAAAUUAUUCAGGAGGCCUGUAUUCGACAGUUCCUGGCGUCUAAUCGCCAUGGCUAAAGAAAGAUUCGACAUCCCAGCUCUAGAAAAAAGGUACAUUGAUUACUGCAGAAGGCAUGGUGUCCCACCUAAUAGUGCGGUUAUUUCUGGUUUAUUCAAGGCUGAUGCUAAGAGAGCUCACAAUGGGACAUGCAAUCUUGAGAUAGUAUUGGAUCAAUUCAAGGAUAUUGAUUUCCUGCCGCUUCUCAAUGUAUUGAUGGAUGUGGAUGAGUCACUUAUCGAGUCCGUCGACAUACGUAAUGAAUCAUCUUGCAUGUUGAGUGGAGAGUAUGCCUUGUCUCUGAUGCGUGCAGUAAAUAAAAAGCUUCGGAAUGUUGAUAUCGAUGAUUUCUCUUUUGGGAGGAUCUUUCUACGGGAUCUUUCUCAUAGAGGCUUGGGAUGUGAAGUUUUGAACUUGAGGUCUUCCCCAUUUCGAAAGCUCAAUAUGAUGGGUCAGUUCGAGCGGUUGCAUACGCUGAACUUGGACUACAGCAGUUCGCUCACUAGCUUCAGGGAAGAUUGUUUUUCUUGCAUGCCUAACUUGAGAUUCCUCUCAAUGUGUGAGACAAGAGUUUCAAAUCUCUUUACAACGGUAGCCGCUCUUUCUAAAAUCCCUUCUCUGACAGUACUGAGGUUUCAAAAAUGGCUGUUUUCUGAUGAUGCUGAGUCCUUUGUCCGCAAAAGGGAUGAUAGAUCUCAUUCUCAUCUCAGCCUACCGAAUCUCGAUGGUUACUCUGAGGCAUCACCCAUCGACAUUGAGCAGGAAAUGGAUGAGAACUCGAGCACGUCAGAAUUUUUGAGGAACUUAUUUUCGCUUGAUAAUCUCGUCAUCGACCAAGAAAUGCAAAGCGCAAAUGAGGAAUCUGAUGACAGUGAACUUGAUUUUUCUAGUCUAAGGCAAGACAAUGGUCUCCGGGAACCGCUCUCUGAUGUUUUUUCCUGGAGGAGCGGAAGAGCCCACAUGCAAUAUGAGGUUAACUUUGGAACAUCGCAGUGUCCGAAUGAAGAAGACUUACCAGGUUUUUCAAGCCCGACUUCUCAAUCGAAUAGCGCAUCAAAGUACAUCUCCUGCUAUGCUUCACCGAUAUGUUUCGAGAAGCAUUAUCGAGCAUUUAUGAUAGCUUCAUUACCCAACCUGAAAGUUUUAGACAACUUGCCCAUCAGAAAGAUCGAUAAGGAAUGGGCUGCCAGGAUUUUCGCGCAGCACUUUGAGUACCUUCCCUAUAGAAGAAAAGCUAAAGAGAGCAUUGUCAGCAUCUUAUGGAACCGUGAAAUUAAAUCAAGUCAUAGUCGAGUAACCAAUCACAACAACAAGACAAUGUGUUCAUCAGGAAGCUCUCAACAUCACUAUAUGAGGUCUCUCUGUGCUGCUAAGGUGGGGUCAUCUUGUUGGCCUUCUCUGCAGCCACUGUCGUGUACAGACUGUUCUCUAGGGCUUGAAAAUUUGAGCUUCCGCCCGAGGCAAUUCGAGUACCAUCCGUCAAACCCUAGCCUUAUGGUGUUUGGUACCUUGGAUGGAGUAGUCGUAGUUGUCAACCAUGAGAGUGGAAAGAUUGUUAGUCAAAUUCCGUCUCUUGGAGAGAUGAGUAGUGUGUUGGGACUCUCUUGGCUAAAGAAGCACCCCUAUAAGCUCAUAGCUGGUUCGGAUAACGGUUCAUUGAGGCUUUAUGACAUCCAGAGUAUACCACCAGUAGCCACUAGGACCCAUCUCAGGGCGACUCCUUCUCCCAUUACCUUUGACGACUUUGAGCAGUUAACUUCUGUUCAUGUGAACUCCACGGACGAACUAUUUGUUGCUAGUGGGUACUCGAGAAAUGUUGCCCUGUAUGACAUAGGCAGUGGGAGACGCCUCGAAGUCUUCACAGACAUGCACCAGGAGCACAUAAAUGUGGUCAAGUUCUCAAAUCAUUCCCCUUCUAUCUUUGCUACUUCUUCGUUUGAUCGGGAUGUGAAGCUUUGGGAUCUGAGGCAGAAACCUAUAAGGCCAUGCUAUACAGCUUCAAGCUCGAAAGGGAAUGUUAUGGUCUGCUUUUCUCCUGAUGAUCACUAUCUUCUGACUUCAGCCGUGGACAAUGAGGUCAAACAACUUCUUGCUGCCGAUGGAAGGAUCCAUUUAGAUUUUGGGAUCGCUCCCACUGGAAGCUCUCAGAACUACACGCGUUCAUACUACUUGAAUGGCAGAGAUUACAUUGUAAGCGGAAGCUGUGAUCAGCAUGUGGUCCGUGUUUGUUGUGCUCAAACUGGAAGGCGUCUUAUGGAUGUUUCUUUGGAGGGAAGAGGCUUGGGGACUUCGAUGUUCGUGCAAUCAUUAAGGGGUGAUCCUUUCAGGGAGUUCAACAUGAGCAUUUUGGCCGCUUACAUGCGUCCCAACUCGAGAUCUGAGAUUUUCAAGGUGAAUUUGCUGGCGUCGAGCGGACAUGCGAGUGAGUAUGCCUGCAGGCAAAGCGUUCCCCCAUCAAAUAGCAUGGGAGGUUGAAAUGUAGCUAUACCAUGUUUGUGUGUUUUCCUCCCUCUAUUGUUCAAUAUGUAUUGCUUAUGUUCCUUUAUUUUGGGAUGAAUGUUGUACUGUAUAUGUUAAUUGUCAAGCAAAGUAUAACCUUCCUCAUCUUUGUUCUUAUCACAUUCUGCCUUGAGCAUUCGAUCAUUAAA